ACCAGUCAGUUUGUUGCUUUUGUUUGACUUCAGCAACAGGAGGAUUUGUCAAAUGAAUACUGUUUAUUAAAAAUGAAGAAAACAGAGAUUAAGAAGGCCAUUCUGACUUGUGAUGGCUUGAUGGCACACGAAGCAAGCAUAGUUUUUACGAACAGUUCAUGUUAGAUUUUACCUGAAGGAUUCCAAAGUGCCGCCUGUUUUCAAAGUUGUCAUUCAAGGAUCACAAGAGAUUAAUAAAAUACAUGCACAAUGACCGUCAGAUGUUGGAUGCAUUUGCUGCUGUUCUGUCUGUAUUGCCGUUAUGAGAUCCAGCCAGCUUCAUGUAAACCUGCGUGGAUGUUACCACAGUUCCCUUGUGACGUCACAGCCGACAAUACCUCUAACAUCAUAUUUGACUGUAAAGGGCGUCAUUUGGAUAAAGUACCUCUCGGGAUAACUGGUAAUGCAACUGAGCUCAUCUUGUCAGAAAAUUACAUUAAGCAUAUUCCUGUGAAUUCAUUGUCUCAUCUGCGGAAUCUGACCAAACUCAACCUCAGCUGGGCAAACAAGAACAAAGAACUGAUCAUUGAUGCGAAUGCCUUCAAAAACCUGACAAAACUGAAUCAUCUGAAACUGACUGGCAACUGUCUGAGUAAUAUUCCCAGAAAUCUCCCUCUCAGUGUGGAAAUUCUUGAGCUGAACAAUAACAAGAUGUUGUUAGAUAACAUGAGCUUUGCUGGCUUAACAAACGUGACUCAUCUGUGGAUAUCCAAAAACUGCUACACGUGGAAUCCUUGUAAGAAAUCUGUGACUGUUGUGGAAGGCACUUUUGCAGUUAUGACCAAACUGCAGGGUCUGGAUUUGUCCUUUAACAACUUAACCAAUGUUCCCAAAGGAUUACCUCGAUCAUUAAGCAUGUUAAAGUUGGGUUCUAACCAAAUACACUACAUAUCUGAGGAGGAUUUCCUUGGGCUACAUAAUUUAAAAAUCCUAAAAAUACAAGGGAACUGUCCAAGAUGUCAAAAUGCUCCAUAUCCCUGUGUCCCUUGCCAAAACGUUUCUCUUGGCAUACAUCCUGACGCAUUUCACAAUCUAACACAGCUUGAGAUACUGCACCUGGGAGGAAACUCACUGGACCAUCUGAAACCCUCCUGGUUUAAGAGGCUGAACAAGCUUAAACAACUGUUCCUGUCAUUUAACUUCUUGCUACAAGCAAUUACUCAGGAGGCAACAUUUCUAACAUACCUUCCCAAGCUAGAAAAAAUGGAUCUCUCUUUCAACUUUGCUCUCAAGUUCUACCCUACAACAUUAAAUCUUUCACAACAGUUUUCACAUCUCGUUUCACUGAGAACUUUGCAUUUGCAGGGUUUGGUCUUCCAGAAUAUUGGACCGGACACACUCAGACCGCUGUACCAGCUCAAAAAUCUGUCGGCACUGAAUUUAGGGACUAACUUCAUUAUUCACACUGAUUCCACCAUAUUCAGCAAAUUCCCCCACCUGAAAAUGAUAUAUCUUGCGGAAAACAGGCUGUAUCCUAUUCCGGUGAACAGUCCCCCACAUCCAAGUGACGGAUUAAAUCAGAGGUCGGACCUUUCUAUUUCACCUUUCAUAAAACCCCAUCCAAAGGACUUCGCUUAUGAGAUAUCACACAGCUUAAUCAAGAAAGAGUGCUUUGACUCUGGUCGAGUGCUAAUCCUCAGCUCAAAUAAUCUGUUCUUCAUUUCUCCAAAACAAUUCGAUGGCUAUGGAAAUAUUGCAUGUCUCAACCUCUCAGGUAAUGGAUUUUCAGCAGCACUCAAUGGCACAGAGUUCUCCUUGCUGCCUAAUCUGACAUACCUGGACCUGUCAUUCAAUAAGAUCGAUCUGGCCUAUGACAACGCCUUCAAAGAGCUACAGAAACUCCAGGUACUAGACCUCAGUUACAAUGCGCACUACUUUAAAGCAUACGGGAUCACGCAUAAUUUAAACUUCACAAAAAAUCUGCCACACCUGAGAGUGCUGAAUAUGAGUCAUAAUGCCAUCUCCACAUUAACAACAAAACAGAUGUACAGCAGAUCAUUAACAGAACUUCAGUUUACAAAUAAUUAUCUUGGGACUCUAUGGAAAGAAAGAGAUGGCUCAUACAACAUGCUUUUUACUAAUCUUACUAAUUUGACAUUUUUAGAUAUAUCCCAAAACCAGAUUACAAAGAUUCCGGUCGAUGUUUAUAAAUAUUUGCCACGUAACCUGACCAAACUACGAAUAAGCCAUAACUUGCUCACUGAUUUUGACUGGGACACACUGAAGUGGUUCCAUCAACUUCAAAUUUUAGACCUGAGCUUCAAUUCUUUAUCUGAGGUGAAAGGUAUAAACUCAAACAUCACUCAAACUUUGACUUUCCUUGACCUGAGUCAUAACAACAUUUUCCACUUGGACAAUGGAUUUAUAAAGGGUCCUAAAAGCCUUAAGACUCUUAGCCUUAGCUACAACAAACUGACCACCAUCAAUCAAUCUACCUUCCAGUCGAGACCUGAUAAUCCGAUUCGGACAUUGUUCUUGCAGAGAAACCCGUUCCAAUGUACCUGUGAUUCAUUGGAUUUCAUUCUGUGGAUUGAAAACAGCGACGUAAAGAUCCCGAGACUGACCACAGAGGUGACAUGUGACACACCGGCAAACCAGAGGGGUCAAGCGCUGAUACGCUUUGACAUUAACCAGUGUGUAAAUGACAGUAAGGCAUUCCUGAUCUACAGUCUCACAGCUUCCUUCAUUAUUGCUUUUAUGUUUGUGGUAACUGUUGCUCACUUAUUUUACUGGGAUGCUUCCUAUGUAAUACACUAUAUGAAAGCUAAGUUGAAGGGAUACAGAUCCUUGAACUCACCAGAUAGUGUUUAUGAUGCCUUUGUUACCUAUGACACCAGAGAUCCACAUGUCUCUGAGUGGGUGUUGAAAAAUCUGCGGGUAAAACUGGAAGAGGAAGGAGAGAAGCAUCUUCCUUUGUGUCUGGGGGAGAGGGAUUGGCCACCAGGAGUCCCGCUGGUUGACAAUCUCACUCAGAGCAUCCAAUACAGUCGCAAGACCCUGUUUGUCUUAACGGAGGGCUAUGUUAAGACCGGGGUUUUCAAGCUUGCAAUGUAUCUGGCCCACCAAAGACUGCUGGAUGAAAAUGUGGACGUGAUUGUGCUGCUGAUGCUAGAGCCCGUCCUGCAGCACUCCCACUUCCUACACCUGAGGAGGAGGCUGUGUGGGAAAAGUGUUGUAGAGUGGCCGAGAACGGCGGCCGCAGAGCCCUGGUUUUGGCAAAACCUGAGGAGUGUCGUCAGAGUAGACAAUCAGGUGAUGUACAGCAAGACGUAUUCAAAGUACUUCACCAGCCGGUGAAGCAGGAUAAUGAUCAGUGAUGACUGUCUGGGAAUCAUUUAUAAAUUUAUUAUGUGGACAAUAACAUCUAGAGCUUGUUAUGAAACCAUUGUUCUAUAGCAAUACUGUUUUGGUCCGUCACAACUUUUAUCACUCUACCUGGGACAUAAUAAAGGUCACCUAAAGACGUGAUCUCAUAGGUUUUGCUGAUACAGCUACAAUGAUACUGAAUCUCUUGUAUAUAUUACAGCAUUUAAAUAAAUCAA